AAAGCGGAAGUGAACUUCAGUUCCAGUCUGAGUUGCGAUCGGCCAAGCUGAGAGUUGCAGUUGCAGUGACAGAAUCGAAGCUUGGGGUCUGCCCUCCGUGGAGACACUAACAAAACCUUUUUGAUUCAUUUUUUUUUCUCCAUUGUUUCACUGAACUUAAAGGCAUAAAAACACACUCUAAUGGCAUCAAAUAACCAAUCACCCUCUCUGGAGAUAUUAGUUCGAGGACCAGAAGAUUGCUCCCUCUGGACUGGGCCUCCCUUUGCCAAUGGUCAACCUGGCGUCAAACUUGAAAAAGUUAAUUGCGUGAAUGCGAAAUUCAGCGACGAUGGAUCGAAACUCAUGGUGACGAAAUCUAACUCUGUGAUUACUAUAUACCAAUGCGACACUGCUAAAGAGAUUAGGUCUUUUCAAGUACCCAAUGUUCUGGCUGCUAUCUUAUCUCCCUCUGCAACCUAUUUGCAAACCUUUCAAAAACCUUCAGCGCCACAGGAAAAGAACGUCAAGCUUUGGAAAAUCGAGACCGGUGAUUCUGUUUACCAACAUGCUCAAAAGAACAUCACCAAAACCAAUUGGCCUGCGAUUCAGUUCAGCUCCGAUGAAACUACUGCGUGCCGGUUGGCAACGAAUGAGGUGCAGUUUUUUGACACUCGGGAUUUCUCUAAAGGAGUUGUUUAUCGGUUGAGAGUUCCGGGAGUUGCUGCUGUUGAGCUUUCUAGUACACCUGGGUCUCAUGUGGCUGCAUUUGUUCCAGAAUCCAAGGGGGUUCCUGCCAGUGUACAGCUAUUUGCUUGUGGAAAUGUGUCUCAAAGUCAACCUAUUGCUCGGCGUAGUUUUUUCCGAUGUUCAACCACCCAACUUAAAUGGAAUCGUGGUUCAACUGGGCUUCUAGUGGUGGUGCAAUCAGAUGUUGACAAAACUAAUCAGAGUUACUAUGGAGAAUCAAAGUUAUGCUAUCUAACUACAGAUGGGAUGCAUGAAGGACUUGUGCCUCUUCGGAAAGAUGGGCCUAUUCAUGAUGCUCAGUGGUCUUAUUCUGGCUUGGAAUUUGCUGUUGUAUAUGGUUUUAUGCCUGCUAAAGCAACUGUGUUUGACAAGAAGUGCAAUCCUCUACUGGAGCUUGGAACUGGUCCUUACAACACUAUUCGGUGGAACCCAAAAGGGAAAUUUUUAUGUUUGGCUGGCUUUGGUAACUUGCCUGGCGAUAUGGUAUUCUGGGAUUACGCAGAUAAGAAACAACUUGGAACCACCAAGGCAGAAUGGUCUGUGACUAGUGAAUGGUCUCCUGAUGGGUGCUAUUUCAUGACAGCUACCACUGCCCCAAGACUUCAAGUUGACAAUGGGAUCAAGAUUUUUCACUACAAUGGGUCAUUGUUCUUCAAGAAGAUGUUUGACAAGUUGUACCAGGCCGAUUGGAAACCAGAGUCACCUAGUAAGUUUGGUGAUAUUGCUGAAUUAAUUCAGUCUCUCCAUUUGGUACAACUUGAAGAUAAAAAACCAUCAGUUGCAGGGCAAGGACCAAAGUCAACCCAGGCUUCCAUAAAAGCCUCUUCUGCCAACCCCCCUACACAAAAACCUGCUGCAUAUCGUCCACCGCAUGCUAAGAGUGCAGCUGCUGUUCAGGCAGAGUUGUUUGGAGAGAGUCCUGCAGAAUCAAUGAGCAAGAAUGCAUUACGAAACAAGAAAAAGAGGGAGAAACAAAAGGAGAAAAAGGCUGCUUCUGAUGCCAGUUCUUCGUGAUUUACUCAGUACUCCCUGACGCAUUCUAAAUUGCUUUCUACUACUGCAAUAACACCUUAAAAUUCGAGGCGUCAGUUUUCAUUGUAAUAGAUUUAAUUGUAUCACGUCCGUAGCCGCAAACUUUAGGCAGUUUUGGUUUGUUCAGAUUAUGAGGCGAUUGAUGCCGUGUUGUAGGUUUGUGCUUUUUUUUAGUUUCCGGUUGGGAUAUAAAAGGGGAGAGUAGAAGGUAAAUCUCCUUUUGCCCACCUAUUAGAAGUAUUUAUUGGAAGAGAAGCGAAAUUAUAAGCACAGGGGCGUGCGCACGCACUCACCAGUAAAAAUAAACGUAAGCUCAAAAGUAUAUCCAACAAAGAAACAUUUUUUUCUUUUUUAAUAAAAUACCACAUGCAUAAACC